AUGUGGAUCACUUCAGGAUCACUUUUCAGCUUGUAUGCCAGGCUCUCCAAAUGUCACCUUUCCACAAGCAGUAUUGAGUACCUGGGACACUACGUAUUAGCUGCUGGUGUAGCUACUGAUUCAAAGAAGAUUCUUACAGUUCAGAAAUGGCCUAUCCCUACAACCCUUAAGCAAAUCAGAGGGUUCCUUGGCCUUGCAGGAUAUUAUAAAAGAUUUAUCCAAGGUUAUAUAAGUAAAGAUGGAACUUUUAAAUGGAAUGAAGGAGCUACCAGGGCAUUUCAGCACUUGAAGGAUGCGCUGAUAUCUGCUUCCGUGUUAGCUGUUCUUAACUUUAACUUGAGUUGUGAUGUUGGCAUAGGAGCUGCUAUUAUGCAGCAAGGGAAACCUAUUGCUUACUUGAGCAAAGGCCUUUCUCUACACCAUAAAGUUAUGUCUGUUUAUGAAUAA